AUGAGUAAAAGCGACAUUUUGUUCGGAAAAGAAAUCGAUGUUGUCGGACCCAAAGAGUUUAGAGGAUCAGUUGCAAUUCCGCUGUCGAUAUGUUCGGUACUAAUUUUGAAGGGAAACAGAGCCGAUCUAGCAAAGCACUGCAUCCCUGGAUUGCCACGACACAGAGUUUCCAUUACAUUGAGAAGGAUGGAUGACAACAAGAUGCCAUAUGGAUUCCGAUUAUAUCCAGAAUUGAAGGAACCACAGUCAUACGAGCUAUUAGAUGAUUAUGGCAGUAUUGUGCUUUUUGAUCGCAAAAUGCUAAGGAAUUUUCGGAAAGAUGGAUAUAACUGGAAGAAGAAAAAGGAUGGGAAGACUGUUCAGGAGGCUCAUGAGAAAUUGAAAAUUGGUAACGAAGAAAGAAUCCAUGUUUACUAUGCACGAGGGGAGGAUGAUCCAAACUUUUACCGCAGGUGUUAUUGGCUUCUCGAUAAGAAAUUGGAGAACAUUGUUCUAGUUCAUUAUCGCCAGACCUUGGAGCAUGAUAAUUUUGCCCAGAAUGUACCUGCACCUGUUGAAUACAAAGAACCUUCAGUUCUAGCAAGAAAGAUGCAUGGUAGUUCUCCAUUGACCCCAGUGAACUCAAUAUGCGGAUCAGUGCAAUCAGAUUCGUCUGGAUCUGCUGCCAUAUCAGAAGAAAUUAAUUCAGGAGAGGAUCCGGCCAUCUUUACAGGUACUGGUAUUUUUCUUUCAAAGAAAGAAACCGGGCUUCAAAUUAAAGAACUAAGCCUACAUGACAUUAAUAACCUUGGUUGGGCGGAUUUAGCUUUAGCAUCAGAAUUUAUUGAACCUUCUGUGGGUAUAGCAGAUGGUACUUUGGAUUCAGAUGCCAAUCAAUCUAAAUCAAUCAGUUCCAUCCAUGAUCGAGGAGAGACUGAAGAUCUUGGGAAUCAAGAUGAUCAAGGGUUGCAUUCUGUUCUGCUAAAUGCCAGCAAUCUUAACUUGAAGCCACCGAUUGUUAGUGAAGUGUCUCAGAUGUUUGAUUAUGACAUCUUCAAUAGCAAAAAUGGAUUUGGGCAGUGGGAUAACUUGAAAAAUGACUCCUUUGAUGCUUUGGAUGUUCCACUGAUGUCAAAUGGUGAUAGUUCAAAUUCAAAUUCAUUUAUGCCUAUGAAUCAGUCUUCUGGUCUCCAACAAAUUUUCAAUAUUAUUGAGGUUUCUCCUGAAUGGGGAUAUUCUACACAAGAAACUAAGAGACACUCUUCUUCAACUCAAUGUCGGCAAGCUUUACACUUUGGUCAAGUUGAAGAAUUAUGGCUCUGUUUGGGGGCGCGGCUGCAGAGUUUUUCGGCACCCCACCACCAAAGUGUAGAGUUUGGGGACACAACAGAGGAGCGUUGCGGCCACCACAGAGGAUUUUUUUGCAAAAAGCGGUCCGCGGAAUCGACCCCGCGGCCCGCAUUUCAUGAUUCUGUUUUUACCCAUUACCCCUUCGAUCGAAGGUCCGACCUUUCGGGUUGUUACACCAAAGAAAGCUCUGCUCCUUCCUCCUUCCUUCUCACAUUCGUCUGCGCCAUCGAUGAGCUCGCUGUGCUCGGUGUUGGCACUGUGACGACCGACUCAUCUCUCUCCGGUACAUGGAGAAUCUUUUGGACGACGGAGAAGGAGCAACUAUUCAUUAUUGAGAAUGAAGUUCUUUUUUUCACUUUUUGA